AUGGCACCCUCAGUAUACAUCCUCCUCCAGCGCGACACAGAGGCCACAGUCGUAAUCUCCUCAGUCUAUCUCGAUCUUCAAGACGCCAACGCCGCGCUUCUUCACCUCGCACAAGAAGCAGGUGUCGACCCUGCAACUGCUAAGCCUACUGCCGAUGCCGGUUCCGAGCAGCCCUCGCUUGUCAAGAAGCCUCUGCGAUGGGAGGCCGCCGAUGGGACCGCCGCUUGGGUUGAGCGCCAUACUGUGACAAAUCGCAAGACGCACGCUUCUGGCGCUGCUGGCGCUGCUGAUAAGCCUGGGUUGAAAAGGAAUGAUAGUCGGUUGUAUGUCAACGAUGACGAUGAUGUUAUCGAGGUUACCGACCAUGAUGGGCACUACGAUUAA